GACCUGAAAAUUUUUUUUCUUCCCUUUCUUUGCUUUUUUCUGGAUCUGGAAUUCUCGUCGGUCUAGCAUGUCUUCAACGUCGUCGUAUUGGUGUUACAGCUGCACCCGUCUGGUUCGCGUCCUGGCUGUAGACAACGGAACCAACGGCAACGUUGCAUGCCCGUACUGCGACGGAGGUUUCAUUGAGGAGAUCGAAUCAUCGGAUAAUCACAAUCGUCGAUUUCCAGCCAUGUACAUGAUCACCAGCAACGAUAAUAAUCGUCAAAACUCGAAUCGGACACGAAACCUCGUCUUUCGUCGAAAUCGUCGGAGUUCCGUUGACCGGUCAAACAUCAAUCCAAUUAUCGUCCUACGUGGCGCCACAGACGACGAGAACAACAACACCAAUGGCAGCAACAACAGCGGCUUCGAAUUCUUCUAUGACGACGGAUCCGGGUCGGGCUUAAGGCCCAUACCGACUUCGAUGUCCGAAUCGUUAAUGGGCUUGGGUUUCGAUCGGUUACUAGAACAACUUUCCCAGAUCGAAAUAACCGGAUUGGGGCAACCAGAGAACCCGCCAGCUUCGAAAUCGGCGAUCGAAUCAAUGCCGACGAUUCAAAUAUCUCCGACCCAUGUUUGUUCAGAAACUUACUGUGCCGUUUGUAAAGAGCCUUUCGAGCUUGGGACCGAAGCUAGGGAGAUGCCAUGUAAGCAUAUUUACCAUGAAGAUUGUAUCAUCCCAUGGCUUUCCCUUCGAAACUCGUGCCCCGUUUGCCGCCACGAAAUGCCGUCGGACCGAAGCGAGUCAAACGAUGACGCUUCGGAGACAGUGGGAUUGAGUAUAUGGAGGUUACCGGGUGGGGUUUUUGCGGUGGGAAGGUUUAGAGGAGAAAGGGAAGUGCCCGUGGUUUACACGGAGAUGGACGGAGGGUUUGGGGAAUCGGGUUCGGGUCAUGGAGCUCCGAGGAGGGUCUCGUGGGUUGGGGUUAGAAGAAGAGAGAGUGGGUUUAGGAGAGUUGUUAGAAGCGUGGCGUCGUUUUUGAGGGGUUUAAGGUCUCAGUCUCAUCGUGGAAGUGAAGAAUCUGGUGGUUUAACCAGAAGUGGUUCCACUUCUAUGCUCAGUAGCUUUACAAGAAGUAGAAGCAGAAGCUCAAGCUCGGUUCUGGAAUGAGAAAAGUUUUGGGGGUAAUUAUAAAAAAAGAAAGGAAAAAUUAUUUUUACUUCUUUUUUGGUCUUGAAUUUAUGGAAAUAUAUGUGUUCUUUGAUUGUUGUAAAUAGCAUUUAAUUGGCAAGAAUUUGAAUUUUUCAUGUAGUAAUAUAUCAGUUGCAAUUUCAUCUUUA